GGGCUUCUCAUCGUCAGGGAAAAAAAUAUGAAAUAACACACGGAGAUCAGAGACAAACUUCAGAAACAAGAGGAUCUAUCGCCAUGACAACCAGAGAGGAGACUCUUACAAGUCUGCCGAUCCCGAUCCUAAAGAAACAUAUGCAUCACGACAGAUACAUCUUAUAAGUCAAAACAGCAUUACAAUGUCGUCUGCCGAAAAUCAAACGAAAAAUGUUGAAGGGCCCACAACAGCUAGUGAUGGAAAGCAGGAAUUUGAGAAUGAGAAUAAUGAGGAAGAAGAGGAUGGCGUCAAAAGGGAAGAUGGUGAGGACGAAGUCGACCAUAAUGGCUACACCAAAAGUGAUUUUUUGAAGAUUCCCAUAACAGUUUCUGCCCCAAAGACCGAGAAGGAACAGCCAACUGACGAAUCUUUCAAGCAGACUCAUGAAAAUGAAGUGGCCAAACCUUCACAAAACAGCGCAAAGAAAACAGGAGAUGAACCUUUGCCGGAAAAAGAAAUUGACAUCGUCCAAGUUCCGAAUUUUCCAGAACCAGGCCCAAAAUAUGACACCCCCUCCCCUCGUAAGUCGCACCAUCGCGAAGGUUCGUGCUGUGGAUAUAGAGAGAAUAAUCCCCCCUGCCAUCAUCUUUGUAACCAAGGAGUCGGGUGCCCUCUAUUUUCUCCCUCUGCUGCCCUGCCAUUCUUCGGGUACCCUGUAAUGAUCAUGCCUGCUUUCUCUCCGAUGGGAUUUUACGGGCAAUGCAUGACCAACAUGAAUCGCCAAUUUGCAGAUUGUUAUCGAGGUGGAAACCAAUAUUUUAAUGGCUGUUGCCACCGUCAAAAUGUAUCACCAUGUUGUCCUUACGACGAAACUAAUUCUCGUAAUCACCGCAAUGAAUCCCAGGAUCAUUGCUAUGAUGAACGUCGCCAUUGCUAUGAAGACCCGACAACAGAAUACACUUCCGGUAACCACCACCAUCAUCAACAAGAUGGCUGCUGCGAAAAUCAGGAUUAUAACUAUAAUUGCGAACAAGAUGUCGAUAACGAUGACGGAUACGAUGAUGCAAAGUCAGUGGAGGAAUUGUUAGAGGAAUACCUAGAGGACAUCGACGAGAAAACCGAACGGAUCCAUGACAUCCUCGACGAUUAUGCAGCCAUGGAUCUGUUUAUCAGCGUACAUGGAUUCCAACCGGAAGAAGUCCACGUCACUGUUAAGGAUGCCAUCGUCACUGUCAAGGGAGACCACCAGUACAGCGAGGCUAUGUGGGUACGGGUCCGUAAUUUCUCGGAGAGUUACGAGAUCCCAGAGGAGUUUGAUGUCUCCAGGACCACAGCAGUCAUUACUGGGGACUCACUGUGUGUGAGAAUUCCGCAUGUUGAUGGGGAAUAGGGACACGGGACUUCUCGUCAUUUGCCUUACUCAAACCUUUAUGACGCUUAAAAAUGUUGCAUGUUUUUUUCUUGGUUUUAUUUUGCAUAAGCAAUUAUACAAAUUGUUUCGAUUUUGAGAUUUAUUUUUGUUGUAUAAGACAUAUUUUCAUUCAGAUAUAUUAAUUUAUCAAUUAUAAGUUUUAGAAUUACAAAUUAUAUUGUAGUACAGUAAAGGUGCAUUAAGACAUACUGACGCUACAUAUGGAGCUGUCUUCUCUAUAUCUUAUUUUCUUUGUUGUAAGCAUGCUUCAUAUAAUUACUUUUUAUGAUUAAAAAACAUCAGGAUAAUAUAGCCCUAUGGAAAUCAGAUACUCUCACAAGUGUUCAAAAAACCUAAACUUAUAUGCAAUGUAAGUUUGAUUUGGCUAAUAAAGCUUCAUGUUUAUUAAAUAUUUAUAUUGAUUUGUAAUUUUAUUACAAUUA